AUGCAUGUUCAAAUUCCAUCACCACCUUUGCCACCUGUUGACUUACACAACGACACCUUUAACUUAUUUCCGACUCAUAACAUGUUGCCAAGACGUUUCAAACCAAUAGAAACCUGUGACAAUUGUAAGCAACGUAAAAAUUGGAAUGGGUUUUAUCCUCAUAUGGAGCCAAGUUUAAAUCAAAGUCUUUCUGAAGAGGCAUUACAAUUCACUUCUCAAUUAGUUGCCUCCAUUCAAGGAGAUAGUCAGUAUAUUCCCAUAAUUGAUUCAAACAAUUCUGAUAACAAUGGAUUUAGUAAUAUAGAUCAAUUAGAAGAACUUGCAAAUCAAUUUAACAAUAAUUUGAAAAUCUAUGAGUCAACUAGAUAUGUUGGUACAGGAUCAUUAUUAAUGUUGAAUGAGACUGGUGAAGAACAAAUAAUUCCACAAAAACAAGAUGAUUUAUCAGCUGUUGAUCAAUCAUUAAAAUAUUUGCCUGACCCUAAAACAGCGGAAAGUUUAAUUAAUGUUUAUUUUCAGAGAAAGGUUGUAGCUGAUUGUUUUAAAGAUUUAUCAACACCACAACAAUUUCUUUUGCUUAAUAGCAUUUUCUUUGCAGCAGCACCUUUUCAUCCAGACCCAAAGUUACGAGAUGGAAGAAUGCAUUAUGAGAAGAAGGCAUUAGCUUUAUUGCAAAACUAUUGUCUACAAACUCCUCAUGUCCUUACAGUUGUGAGUUUAUUCAUAUUGGGACUCCAAUCAAGAAAGAUGGGAUCUGCUUGGAUUUUCUAUGGUAUGGCAACUAAAAUGUCAUUUGAACUAGGCUUGCAUCGUAAAAUUAAAAAUGAUCAGGUUCAAAAUACUGAAGUUAAAGAAUUGAGAGACAUGGCAUUUUGGGGUUGCUUUAUUGGCGAAGUGUGGCUUUCUGCAACCUAUGGUCGUCCAAGUGCUAUAGAUGAAGCAACUUGUGAUGUAGAUUUACUUCCAAUACCAUCAGAUCCUGAGCCUGAUGAAGAAACAAGAUCACAUAUAGCUUGGAUCUUGCAUAUAAAUUUAUUAAGAAUUUUUGCUCAGAUUCGCAAGUAUUUAUAUGGACGAACUAAAAUAGCAGGUAGUCGCCGUGAAGAAAAUCAAUUUAAAUUUUUGGAUGCUGCGUUAGGAAGAUGGUUUUAUACUCUUCCUAAUUGGUUGAAAUUUGAAGAAAUGGCUCAUGAUGUUGAAGGAAGUUUUUUAGGUUCAAUUGGAGGAGAAAUGCAUACUUUAUUCUGGACAGUACUUAUUCUGCUUCAUAGUCGUAAUUUGACAAUGUUCACAUCAAAUGCCCCUAAAAAUAUGCCAAUUAACAAUAUUGACGAAGAAUCUAGAAUAUCAUCACAAACAAUAUGUUUUCAUGCAGCAACAAUACUUUUACAUUGGCUUGAUGUAUUGAUGAAUUCUGUACCAGAUUUCUUUGAACAGUCAUGUUCAGCAUUAUUUUCAAUAACACCAGCUAUCAGAGUUUUAUCAUGGACAGAAGCUCAAAAAAGCAACGAGAAGGCUGCAGGUAUGGUGCAACGAUUAAAAGAAAUCAAAGUCCAAGUUAGGGAAAUUGCCAGGAGAAGGUUUUCAGGUGGUGAAGGAAGAUUGGAUGGUGAGGCGACAUUGAAAAAUUUGUUGGUUAAAGCAAAAGAAGAAGAAUCUAAAAAUAUAGAACAGUUGAAAUCUGAUGAAUAUGAUUCGCAUGCAACAACUAAUAAUAAUAAUAGAGGAAGAAAAUUUAAUAGAAGGAAAAAUAAUAUUGGCUUUAAUGAUAAUAUCAACAACAAUAGUAAUAUCGACUUUAAUAUUAAUCAUAUCCAUAACAAUGAAGGGACUUUAAAUACAUUUGAUAGUUGGAAUAAUGAUGAGCUGAGAAAAUAUGUCAGAGUUAAGUGUCAUGUUAUUAAUCCAGCGUCAUCGUUGACAAGCACGAGCACGCUUCGUAAGCUUGGAUUUAAUGAAGAACAAAUACCGGCUCUUGUUACAAUACAAAAAAGUGGGCCACAUACAAAUGAAAAAGUCGUUAUUGGUGAGAUGGUACGAAAUAUAGCCAAUGGAGAAGAUAUAGCUCUAGAGAUAACUUAUUCAGCAAAAAAAAAAAAGACGUUUCUGCGUUCUCCUGUCUUUCACGACUCCGAGCCUCAGAUGAAGUGA